AUGUUGACGGUGUACUCGAGAUCGUACGUCCAUCAGGAUACAACGCAUCAGCAGCUACUCAUGAAUUCUCAGCAAGGCUUCAAUAGCCUCAUGCGGAAAGCCAUCGCACAUGCUCCAGUCUACCUCGAAGUAUCCCAGUCCAAAGAAGGCGACAACACGAAAUACCGCAUCGACCAGAAGACGACCGCAAACAUCCCCGCUGUCAACGAAGAAUGGAUUACCGAUUGGCAAAUGCGGGAGUCGAAGGAUCCGGUGAUGGGCCGUGUGAAGGCUAAGGCAAAGUGGUCUAAGCCUGGCGAUGUUUAUGAUGGCGACUUCUUUGCCGGAGGGUGGUUAGAUGAGGGUGUGGAGCAGGUGGAGGCGUAUGUUGAGAGCGCCAAGGCGGGUUGGACUGCUCAUCAGAUCUGGGGAUUUGAGAAGAUCAAAGAGCAGCGCAUGUUCGUUCGCCGUGUCGUUGUAAAGAAGGAAGGAAAGCAGGAGAAGGUGAAGCUUGUGUAUGAUUACCAGAACUGA